GAGCGGGUUUUCAUUUGAUCUCUUAACCUCUAAAUAAGGCCGUGGUUGCACAGAAACUGUCUCCUGAUUAGGGUUUUUCUGAGUUUCAAAUUCGAUCAAUACAACAAUGGAAGAGAUAACAGAUGGAGUAAACAACAUAAACAUCUCAUCUGAUUCUUACAAGAAAAAUCGAAUUCAAGUCUCCAACACCAAAAAGCCUCUAUUCUUCUACGUCAAUCUCGCCAAGAGGUACAUGCAACAGCACAACGAGGUGGAGCUUUCGGCCCUUGGAAUGGCAAUUGCAACUGUUGUCACAGUUGCUGAAAUUCUGAAGAACAAUGGAUUUGCUGUUGAGAAGAAAAUAAUGACAUCAACUGUAGACAUGAAGGGGGAAUCCAGGGGAAGACCAGUCCAAAAGGCUAAGAUUGAAAUAGUAUUGGGGAAGACUGCAAACUUUGAUGAGUUAAUGGCUGCUGCACAAGAGGAGAGGGAAUUGGGGUAUGCAGAAGAGCAGAGCUGAAAUGGAAAAUGUAGUCUUCUUCACCUUGUGGUUAUCAAGAUUAUUAUUAAAUUUCCAUUUGUUGUUUUUGUCAACUAACUUGAAGAAAGUCUUAGAACAAUGGAUUUAUAUUCCCUUCUAUGUAAAUUUGUCUAUUUAUUUUCUUUUUCCUUUUUCUAUAAUGUGGUCACAGUACAAAA